CUCGCAAUUACGGCAACACCUGAAGGCAGCACUGGAUCCUGAAAACUCAUGAGUGGCCCGGUGUCACGCAUGGCUCCCUGGGCGGUCUGGCUCCUGGUCGCGCUUUCCGGUGUCCUGAAUGUGCGCUCCUGCUGGGCUUAUACCUGUCCGGCCAUCUGCCGCUGCAGCGCCGACACUUUUCAGUGCAGCAAAGACACUCAGCUGGCCUCCCGGGCAGGGGAAACAUCCGUGCAUCGACUAAGACUCACUCAUCUGCCCUUGAAAGAAGUCCCCACUCAUGCCUUCAAGGAGCUGAUCAACACCACAAUAAUUGAGAUUUCCCAGAGCGACUGCAUCACACAGAUACAGAGACAUGCCUUCCUCUCCCUCCACAGCCUGGCCCAAAUCUCAGUGCAGAAUAUCAACAGUCUAAGGGUUAUUGAAAAAGGGGCCUUCACUGACCUGCCCAAACUGGAACACUUGAGCAUCUCAAACACAGGAGUGACACACUUCCCAGACUUCACAACUAUCUCGUCCUUGGUGCCAAAUAUUAUCCUAGAAAUGGCAGACAACAUGAGGAUCGACUUCAUUCCUGCCAAUUCUUUCCGGGGGAUCACAGAGGAGUACAUCGAGAUGAACCUGGUUAGAAAUGGCUUCAAGGAAAUACAAUCUCAUGCAUUCAAUGGAACCAAGCUCAACACACUAAUUUUGAGAGACAACAGGUAUCUCAGUUACAUUCGAGAAGACGCUUUUGAUGGAGCUUCAGGUCCGAGUACCCUGGAUGUUUCCUCCACAGCUCUGAGUUCCCUCCCACCUAAAGGGUUGAGGCAGGUGAGGUUUCUGAAAGCCAGUUCUGCCUUUGCUCUGAAGAGCCUCCCUCCCCUGGAAAGCCUGGCUGAGCUGCUGCAGGCUGAGCUCACGUACCCCAGCCACUGCUGUGCCUUCCACACGUGGCGUCGGAAACAAAGGGAAAGUGCUUUAAAGAACUUCACAAAGUUUUGUGAUCUCAGUGGAACAGAAAUAGAGCCCACUGCAGAUGCCCAGACUCUAAUUGAUGACAUCAACUUUCAGUAUCCAGACCUGGAGUUUGAUUGUCUCAACAACCCCUACGUCAAGUGCACCCCAAAUCCAGAUGCUUUUAACCCUUGUGAGGACCUGCUGGGCUUUCCCUUCCUGCGCUGCCUCACCUGGAUAAUCACAGUUUUCGCUGUGACCGGCAACCUGGCUGUUCUGGUUAUUCUGCUAAUUAGCCACCACAAGCUGACCAUCUCCAGAUUCCUCAUGUGUAACCUGGCCUUCGCUGACCUCUGCAUGGGGCUUUACCUGAUGCUCAUUGCCUUCAUGGACCACUACUCCCGUCACGAGUACUACAACCACGCCACGGACUGGCAGACGGGGCCUGGGUGUGGCAUAGCAGGGUUUUUGACAGUGUUUGCCAGCGAGCUAUCAGUAUAUACACUGACUGUGAUUAGCCUUGAACGCUGGCACACCAUCACCAACGCCAUGCACGUCAACAAGAGGCUUCGGAUGCAUCAUGUGAUGGCCAUGAUGGGGGCAGGCUGGGGCUUCUCUCUGCUGGUUGCCCUGCUCCCUCUGGUGGGGGUUAGCAGUUACAGCAAAGUGAGCAUCUGUCUGCCCAUGGACAUCGAGACACUGAGCUCUCAGGUUUACGUGGUGGCUGUGCUCAUUCUCAACGUUGUCGCUUUCAUUGCGGUCUGUUACUGUUACAUAUGCAUAUACCUGAGCGUUUACAACCCAGAGCACUCUACUCGUCACGGAGACACCAAGAUUGCCAAGCGCAUGGCCGUGCUCAUUUUCACCGACUUCAUAUGCAUGGCGCCCAUCUCCUUCUUCGCCAUCUCUGCGGCCCUGCGUAUGCCCCUUAUAACCGUGUCUCACUCAAAGAUCCUGCUCAUCCUUUUUUAUCCCAUCAACUCCCUCUGCAACCCUUUCCUGUACACCAUCUUCACACGUGCUUUCAGGAAGGACAUGUGCCUGCUGCUGAGUCGCUGCGGCUGCUGCCACGCCAGCACUGACUUCUACAGGUCACAGACUCUGGCUUCACACCUCACCUGUGCCCAAAAAACAUCCAGCAGAAAACCUCACUCGCUCAGCUUCUAUGCCUAUCACAUCAAAAUGAAGGGAUGCUUUCUAAACAAGGGAACCACAUGACCAUCAACGCAGAGAAUUUCUAUUAUGAACUUCUGCUGUUUGGCAAAAAAUGUAGCAUUUCUUCAAAAUUUAGGUCAGGGUGAAGGAGAAUGUCAGUCUCAAAUGUAGCAGGUGUCAGAUCAGAUUAGAUCUAACUUAGUUUACAAAGUGAGAAUUUCAUCAGUCAGAACCUCAGAGACCUCAAAUUGAAGACAACAGGUGCUGCAGCCUCCAGUUCUACGCAGGUAAUGUGGCACAGAGAAGCAGUUUGAUGGAGCAGGAAUGGGCAACAAAUUAAACAGACCCAGUUUAUUUGCAAAGCUAUCCUAAAGCAUAACACUGAUGGUCAAUGCUCAAGCCCUCAAGUGAGAUGUCGUCACAAGAAGAGAUGUAUAAUUCUACAAAAGCUCGAGGAGGGGACAUUUUUUUAUUAUUCUGUCUUUCUAAAGGUUUGAGAUUUCAAGUUUGAAUACAAUGAAGAAAAUUUGAUCAGAUGUAAAUCAUUGUUUUAGCUUAUCACAGAUGAGGUUUAGUGCCAUCUAUUGGAUAGUUGGACUCAGGAGGAGUAAAGACUGCAGACAUGCCAGAGCACCCACAAGAAGUUAAAGCUGGGGGCCUGGUAUAUGAGAAAUAUUACUGUGGUUAAAAAUGUCCUGGAUUUUAAUAAUAAUACAUUUAAUUAAAAGUAAGAAUGGCUAAACAUCACACACAUGCAUGCAGUGGUGGUUCAACCAGUUCUCCCCUUGUGGUUGAGAGUUUUUAUAUUAUAUAUCCUUUGACUGAGCUGCAUUCUGUGUACUGAUUCAGUUCUAUAAACCGCAUUGACCUGUGACCACUUAGCCUAUCAAAGCAAUGCUAUGUCAACCUGUGAACUUGACAUACUGAUAACUAAAAUAUAUUCCAAGUAUUUGUCAUUUAAUUUUUUUGAUUUGUGUUGUUGCUGGUGCUGUCACAC